AUGAAGAUAGUCACGUUGAAGCGACAACUUGACAGUAUGAGGAUGUCAGAGACGGAGAGUGUAUCACAAUAUUCUGAUAGGCUAAUGAAGAUUGUGAAUGAAAUCAAAAUCUUGGGCAAAAUUGUUCCAGAGGAGAGGUUAGUCGAAAAAGUUCUGGUGAGUGUGCUAGAAAAGUUCGAGUCUAAGAUUUCGUCUCUUGAAGAUUCUAGGGAUAUUAAAUCAAUGUCAAUGGUUGACUUGAUAAGUGCUCUUGAAGCGCAAAAACAAAGGAGGAAGAUGAGGAAUGAGAGCGGGUUAGAAGUUGCUUUCCAAACAAAGGCUAUGAUCAAAACCAAAUUUCAGAGAAACGGGAAAAACUCUAGUAAGGGAAAGGGAGAUGAUUGUGACCAAAAGAAGAACCAACAUCAAGCACAAUCCAGUCAAUCACAACAACAGCAAGUAAAUCAUGCAGAAGAUGAAAAUGAAGAAGAGUUGUUGUUUACCGCUUUGAUGGCAGAUGUUCAACAACAAGAAAGCUCUUGGUUUAUCGAUAGUGGAUGCACUCAGCAUAUGAAUGACAAGGGAGAAAUAUUCAUGCAUUUGGAAGACAUGAAAGGGAUGGUCAAACUUGGCAAUAGAGAUAAAGUUUCAAUAAAAGGAAAGGGCAUCAUAGCUGUACCAACAACAAAAGGUAUUAAAUCUAUCAUUGAUGUUCUUUUAGUACCUGACUUAGAUCAAAAUUUAUUGAGUGUGGGUCAAUUAAUGCAAAAGGGUUUUAGGCUUGAAUUUGCUGAUAAUAAAUGUGAGAUAAAAGAUCCUAGUGGGGUAGAGUUUAUGUGUGUGCCUAUGAAAAACAUGAGUUUUGCAGUGAAUUGGAGCUUUAUGGAUGUCAAAGCCUUUAGUAGUAAGGAGGAGAAUGAGUCAUUGUUAUGA